GUGUGUGUGUGUGAGAGAGAGAGAGAGAGAGAGAGACAUAGAACGUUCCCUAAUAGGGUUUGUUUUUGUAACUAGACCAAAUUAACGUUCAACCUAAAGGGAACCUACAGUAUUUCUGUAUUUUACUUUUAUAACCAGAUCAAAGUAACGUUCCCAGAACGUUGCAAGGAUGUUUUUAUUACAUUCAAAAGGGAACCUACAUAGAACGAUGUUUUACAUAACCGGAUAAUUAACGUUCCCUGAACAUUGGAGGGAGUCUGUUACUUGGUUUUUAUUUAUUUAUUUUAUUUUUUUUUUUUUUGGACAACCUAAAGGGAACCUACAUAAAACGUAUAAUUAACGUUCCCAGAACGUUUUUUUUUUUUUUUUGUGACAACCAAAAGGAAACCUUUAUAGAACGUUCCCUAAUGGUUAUUUUUUUAGAUUUUAUUUUAUAACCAGACUAAAUUAACGUUCCCAGAGCAUUACAGGGAUUCUUUUUAUUUUUUAUUUAUUUAUGUAUUUAGGCUAUUUCUUUUUUCUAAUCUAUCUAGAACGUUUAUAACCAGACCAACCAGAACGUUCUUGGCAAAAAUGAUAUAUUUGACUUUCUUUGUCUAGAUUCCAGCUUACUCUGCACAUUCAGCCAACUUUAUCCGGUCCUUUUAAACACUAAUGACGGAGAAACGUGUUACUUGCACUUCAUCAUCCACAACACGUUUCAAUAUGUCCGUGUCUGUCGGAAGUUGAAAGCCUCCGCGCGGUGUCGCUGUUGCUCGCGCUUCUGUUUCGCGAAACAUUUUAUGCAAGUAAUUUGUGCGUCUGUGUAAAUAGGCUACAUAGCGAUGCGAAUAUCAAUAACGAACGUAUAACAUAAAUAUGACAGACUUUUUAUGAGACAUAUGUUGUUUUAAUGAACCAUAGACAGUAGCGAGCAGAGAUCUGCGCAUGUCUGAACGUCCAAGUGAACUCUUGUCCUUAAAAAUCGGUUUUAUUCGAGGAUAAAAGGUUUUAUCUGACAUUCAUGGCGUUUAUAAAUCACGAGCACACAACAACUGACAGCUGUCAUUAAAGGCUUUAAUGGGACAGGCUUUACACACACACACACACACACACGCACACACACACACACACACACAGGCUGUAAUCACUCUAAUCUCGGUUUUGUAAGACAGAAAGUUCAUGAAUUAUGGACCCUUCAGAGGAUAACGGGACACACAGGACAGUUUGAUGGUAAAGCUGCGUCACUGUGCUUGUCCAGCUGCCAUGGCUGCACUGAGGUCCUGCAUGCUGAGAUGCCCUGAGACCGAGAGUGAUGCCCAUCAGAGCUGCAUGAUGGUCUAGCUCCGCCCACUCUCCGUCAGGAUGUUGGCCUCGGUGGUCUCUGGUAGUAACGGAGGUCGAGCGCUGACCCUGAAGGGCGUUGACCCGGAAACAUGUAUGAUCGUCUUCAAAAACCACUGGACACAGGUUCUGAGGAUCCUGGAGAAGCAUGAUCCGGGUCGUGGUGGUGCCAUCGCUCUGCGGUUCGGCCCAAUCCCCGGUGACGAGGCGAGCGCUGUGCAGAACUACGUGGAGCACAUGCUCUUCCUGCUGAUGGAGGAAGAGAGCGGUCAGGGCGGGGCCAUGGGGACCAUCCUGGAGUUUGUGGUAGUGGAGAACGUGAUGGAAAAGCUGUUUCUGUGGAGUCUGCGGCGGGAGUUCACCGACGACAUGAAGCUGGAGCAGCUGCGCAUGUACAAGAUGUUGGUGGCGCAAGCCAAACAACCGCUGCUACACCACAAACCCAUCCUCAGACCUCUGAUGAUGCUGCUGUCCGCUUGCUCCAGCUCCUCCACCAUGGGGCCCUCAUCCUCCUGCACCGUGGGGCCCAAAAGCAGCAGCUCCGCGGCAGGGCUCACCUGCGCCAUAGGGCCCUCAUCCUCCUGCACCGUGGGACCCAAAAGCAACAGCUCCACGGCAGGGCUCACCUGCACGGUGGGGCCCAGCAGCUCUGCGGUGGAGGUGGAGCUGGUGUCUCUGCUGCAUCAGCUGUGCCACGCACUGGUGAAGGAAGCCUCCGUGCUGGAGCUGUUCUUCCACAGCAGUCAGGAUCAGGGAGCCGCCAACUUUCUGCUCUUCUCUCUCCUGAUCCCGUUUAUCCACCGCGACGGGACGGUCGGUGCGCAGGCCAGAGACGCCCUCACCCUCAUCAUGAGCCUCUCAUCUCAGAACAGCCUGGUGGCCAAACACGUCGUGGAGAACACCUACUUCUGCCCGGUGUUGGCCACAGGUCUCAGCGGUCUGUAUUCCGGUCUGCCGGCUAAACUGGAGGUUUACAGCGAGGGCUGGUUCUGUCUGGAGAGACACGACUGGCUGCAGCUUCCAGCGCUGUUUCAGUUCCUCAACUCACUGCACUUCUGCAGCACUGUGUGCAAGGUGGCUCACCCCUCCAUCAGAGAUCAGCUACUGGGCUACAUCUACAAUGGUUUUCUCGUUCCUGUCAUGGCUCCUGCGCUUCAUAAGCUGACUCUGGAGGAAGUGAUGACGACGACGGCGUAUCUGGAGCUCUUCCUGCGCAGCAUCUCUGACUCUGCCCUCAUCCAGACCUUCCUCAUCUUCAUCCUCAGACAUCGCCAUGACAACGUCAGCAUCCUGGACACGCUGGUCAGCAGGAUCAACACACCGUUUCAGCUCGGUACCGUCUCUCUGGCUCUGUUCCGCACUCUGAUUGGUCUGUAUUGUGAAGAUGUCAUGCUGCAGUUAAUUCUCAGGUAUCUGAUCCCGUGUUCUCACCUGACACACGCUGAGAGACUCCAGCUGCGAGAGAGAGACUGUUACUCCAUCACUGCGUCUGCGCUGCUCUCGCUCACGCCCUCCUGCUUCAUUCCCAAACCCUGCUCCUCUCCAUCGCAGACGCCCAAACCCGACUACAUCCUCUGGUCAAAGGUCACCGAGGGCCUGCUGAGGGGCAACAUGGGAAUGGAGGAUCUGUUCUCAGGUGGAGAUACCGUCGGAUGCUCGAGAAUAACCGCUUCUGAGCCGCUGAUGCACAAGAACUAUCUUCAGUAUCUGUAUGACGCGCGCAAAUCGGUCUGUACGACCGUCCAAGCGUGCGAUGUGUGGUCGGCUCCGUACGACGGCCUCAUUCCGUCCCCGGACGAGUAUCAGGACGAGGAUGAGGAUGAGUGUCUUCCUCGCUCCACUCCGCCUCCUCAAACGCCGACUCCUCAUCCGCCUUCGGAAACCAGCUCCACCGGCGACCGCGAGCGAGUCGGGACGCUACUCGAGCUGGAAUGGGACGAUACGUACGAUGCCGCGCCGGACAGGGAACCGACUCCCGACGUUCCAGACGAACCGCCGAAACACAUUCAGGAAAUGCGUAAAAACGCUAUCAUGCUGAUAAAAGGAUCUUAUAUAGAGGAGUCGGAAUUUCAGGACGACGUGUUGGUUUAUAAUCUGAUUGCGCAAAAAGACGCUCGCGACGACCGCCGGAUGUUCGUCAAAAACGGCUUGAAUAAACCAACCCACAAUCACUACAUAAACAACAAUUUGAUGCACGCUAAUCACACACUAAACCAUAAUCACGCAGAACAUCCAGAAUCCGAACCGACUGCGAACGGACGUGGUUUUGAGGAGCAGAAACCGGAAUUAGAGGGUGAUGUUGCGCAUCUGGACCACAACUGCAAUGAGAGCAAAACGGCUGAAGCCGCAGGAGACGACUUCAUCUCUCAGUGUCUGGAGCUGAUUCGGGAUCUGGGCGGAGAGGAAGACUCCGUCAUGGAGGAUGAAGAGCAGCUCCAGCGGCUGCAGGAUCUCCUGCAUGGGGACGAGGAGGAGGAGCUGGACUUUAACUGCUUCUGUGAGGAUCGCGACGGUGAAGAUGAUGCAGAUGAAGAACUGAAUAAAGCCGAGAGCAGGAAACACGGGAUCUCGUUUACAGGGCCGUUCAUCAGCGUCCUGCUGUCCCGUCUGGAGAACAUGCUGGAGAACUCCAUUGAAGUCAACCUGCUGCUUACAGGGAUUUUAGCACAGCUGGCCACAUAUCCACAACCGCUGCUGCGAGGAUUCAUUCUGAACACCAGACCCGCGUCUCAGACCGGCGCACGCUCACUCUACCAGGUUCUGCUGUCGGUGGGUUGUCAGAUUGAACAGUAUGCAGCGUCCAAUCCGGAUUUUCCCGAGCUGGUCCGUGAAGCCGCCCAGUACCUGCUGCUCAAAGACCAGGCCUUAAAAGAGCAAGAGAGAGACGUCCACCUGCAGGAAAACGGCGCCGGCUGGUUCCUGAACGGCCACGUCUCGGGUCGUCCACGCAAACCUCUUCCUCCAUGCCCCAAAAUCCCACCGCACCUGCGGAACAGAGUGUUCGCUACGUUUCUGUUCGCCGAGUUUCUGAAGGAGCUGGCAGCCAUCACGCAAGAGCACUCCAUAUUACCUGAGAGAACUGCGGAGGAGUGACGCAUGUGUGAGCAAUGAUCAAAUGCAAACAUCUCUGGACACUUUCCCAUUCAUUUCCUAUGAACGGUCAAUUCUGACCUCAAACAGCCAAUGUGUCGGGGGUUUUUUAUGACCUCUUAGACUUAUAGAAGUUCAGUUUUUUGUUUUUUGAAGUUCAGUUUUUUGACCCCCUGUUGUGUUGGGGUCAAAUUGACCCACACUCAUUUUUAUAAACUGCUCGAAAAACCUAUUUAUUUCUUACAGAAAUUUGGUGGAUAUUUUUCAAUUAGCAUCAUGAAUGUUCAUGCAAAGUUUCGGCUCAUGGAUGUGUUUUGGAAAGGCUGUACAAAAACUAUUAACUUUUGUGUUGGGUCAAAUUGACCCAUGCUCAAAUUUUCAAACUGCUCAAAAUACUGGUUAAACUGUUUAUUUCUUUUUGAAAUUUGGUGGAUGUUUUUCAUUUAGGGUUAUAAAUGUGCAAGCAAAGUUUCAACACAUAGAUGUGUUUUAGAAAAGCUGUACAAAAAUUGUUACAGCUUUUGUGUUGGGUCAAACUGACCCACGCUCUAUUUUACAAACUGCUCGAAAUACUGGUUAAAAUAUGUAUUUCUUCUUGAGAGUUGGUGGAUAUUUUUCAAUUAGCACCAUGAAUGUGCAUGCAAAAUUUCAGCGCAUGGAUUUGUUUUGGAAAGGCUGUAUAGAGUUUGUUACGACUUUUGUGUCAGGGUUCAUUUGACCCACAUACAUAUUUUAAAGGACUCAAGAUACUGGUUCAACUACUUAUUUCUUCUUGAAAUUUGGUGGAUAUUUUUCAUUUAGUGUCAUGAAUGUGCAUGCAAAGUUUCAGCACAUGGAUGUGUUUUGGAAAGGCUGUGCAAAAUUUUUUACUACUUUUGGGUUUACCCACUCUCAAAUUUUCAAACUGCUUGAAAUACUGGUUAAAAUAUUUAUUUCUUCUUAAAAUUUGGUGAAUAUUUUUCUUUUAGGGUCAUGCAUAUGCAUGCAAAGUUUCAGCACAUAGAUGUGUUUUGGAAAGGCUGUACCGAGUUUUUCACAGUGUUUAUUUUUGACAAAUUGCAUGAAAACCAAUGUGGGUCAAUUUGACGAACACACUCUAAAGCUGUACUCAGUUUUUGAACACAACAGGAGGCUUUAAAACAAUAGAAUUGGUCAAGAAUGACCGAAAAGCACAUUAGCGUUAACUUUAGCAUACAGACGAGCUCAAAGCUACAAACAUGAACUUGAAGCCACAGAAGAUUUAUUUGUUUGGUUUGGAGGUUCUGCUUUUUACGGUUCAUGUGAACUCUGGUACGGUUUGUAACUGCUAUUAAAGCGAUCCGGACCUAAUUUGUGCAAGUGAACCUUCACUGAUGUAUAAUUUGAUGCAUUGAGAGGGUCAGAUGUCUUAUUUCUGCGUGUCUUUUAGCUCAUCUUACAGAAACACAGCACAGGUCACAGAGUCUUCAUGAUAAUGCCUCUUUUAAAGGAACAGUUCACCUCAAAAUAAACACUCACAUUUACUCAAAGAGUUUGCAAAGAAUCACCACUGAUUUUUAUUUAAGAAAACACCUAACAAGCUCUAAAAUAGACAAAAAGCACUAUAAUAUCAGUCAACAUGACUCGUGCAGUAUAUAUUCCCAAGCACAUUUUCAUUUUUGCCUGAACUGUUGCUUUAACAACCAAACUCUUUUUGUUUUUUGUUGAUUCAGACUUUGUUUUAUAUUAUAUGGGUUGUUAUUUUAUUAUUUGUGUAUAGAUGAAUCACUGUAAUUAGUUGUUUAUCAGCCAAUGUAGUAUGUUAUUUGUGUGUGUGAAGCUUCCUGUGACUGUGCAUCAUCUCAAAACAACACAACGUUCAGACGACUCAUCAGGAAACUGCUGAUAUUCAACAUGAAAUGGCAUUUACAAUACAUUUUACUUCCAUAAUGUGAACAUUUCUGAGGAUAUUCAAUGAGAAAAUGCAGAGCAUUUUGUAAUUACCUCUAUAUAUGAAGAUAAAAUUGGUAUAGAAGUGGAAAAAGUAUUAUGAUAAAAGUUUAUGAAGACAUUUUUUGAAAUGCACUGAACAUGAAUUAAGAAAGUCAGCAGAUUUGAUUAUUUUGAUUUCAUGCUGACUUUAAGCACUUCACAAAAAAACGAUUUAUGAAAAUGUUUUAUGAUCUAUUCCACUGAAUAGUCAGGGGUAACAUUUUUGCCCACCUGAUUUGUCUCAGUAGUGAAUUGAAUUGAAGCCGAUGUGAGAUUUUAAUCCACUGUGUUUCUUACAUGAUGCUGCUUACAACAUUUUCAGAUCAUUUUUAAAUAAAACUGUCACUGCAGUCACUUUAAAUUCUGUCAUUUUUAGCUACAAAUGCCUGAAAAUUCUCGAACCAAAAUCCGAAGAGAAGAAUUGAAUAACUCAAAUGUAACUCAAAAUAACACAAGCAGGAUUUAAGCCUUAUUUUGUUGUGCAUUUGUACAUUUGAAAUUUGUUCAAACUAAAGGAGAAGAAGCUUUUUGAAAUGUUUUAUGACCUGUUAUGAUGUCAAUGUAAAGUUUUGUACUCAUAUUUUUACAGAACAAUCAGUCAGGAGGAGGAAAACAGAAAUAUGCGUUGUUUUUAAUAUGAGCCUUUGUAAUAUUAUUCUGCCCCCUGGUGGUAAAUUAAAACUCCAUUUGUGGUGAAUACAGUA